GCGGACGACGCCGAAGAGAGCCUCCCGCAAGCCUCAGCCACCGCCGCGGGACCGACCUUUUCUGGGUCAUCGGGGGACUCGCCGCGUUAUAAAACCAGUUGCCGCGGACCGCCAGCUCCCCAGACUCCACGCGGCAGCCGGCGCGGAAAGUGCUCCGAGAACGGGUCUCGCCAUUUUUUUUUUUUUUUUUUUAACUUUUUUUCCUCCCCCAACCACUCCUUCCCCCGCGGCUCUAAAGCCCUUCCUCCUCUCCCACUCCUCGGCCGUCGAGGCCGGACCGCGGAUUCUCCCUCCGGGACGUCUUCGGCGUCCCUCGUGAGACCGGCAGUCCAGUGCCGUCGCCGCCGUGCGCCCAUGCUGAGCGGCGCGAGGAACGACCCUUCUGCCUGAACUGCUGCGCGCUGCCAUGGCGGGAGCCCUGCUCAGAAUGUGGGCGGUGCUUGUGCUGGCGGCAAUGUGCGCCGCCAGGCCCCAGAGCGAGGUGAAGCUGAUCACGGAGCCCCGCCCAGGGGAGGAGUUCGUGCUGUUCCAGACAGGCCUGGCCAAUCAGACGGCCAGGGCGUUCGACAAGCUGGAGCCGUAUGCGAGGCCAGCGGAUGGCUUCUCGACCUCGCACAAGAUCCCCCUCCAGAAGGCGCUCCUCGACAAGAGGUUCGAGGCGAUGGACUUCGAGACGGCGCACCGGGUGCCGGUGCACGAGGACUUCUCGAAGCGCUCCGCCGAGCAGAGCGUGGGGCGGGCCGAGGUGGAGGUGGUGCCCCUGGUGCCGGACGAGGUGAGGACGGAGUACUCGGUGAUGACCAGCCGGCCCAGGAGGGUGGACGUGGAGCCGCGCGGCGACACGGGCGUGCUGGAGGCGAGGGCCGAGGGCGCCGACGAGAAGAAGGCGGUCCUCAAGAAGCUGGCGGCCGGCGGCGGCGCGGAUAAGCCCGACACGUCGCCGCCCAAGCGAGGCAAGGAGGAGCUGCUGACCAGCGUGGAGGUCAAGCCGGUCGCCCAGGUGGGGGUCACCAGACCCGACUUCGACGCGAGGACCGGCGACAUCUCCGUCCCGGAGAUGAAACAAGAAACUGUUAUCACAAGCACGGUCUCCCCCGCAAGGUCGGAGGUCACGACCUCCUACUCCCCUCUCACCAGCGCGAGGCCCCAGGAGGCCAGCUACGAGGUGAUCCCCGUCAACGUGAUCAAGACGAGCUCCAAGGAGUACCUGGUCGGGAAGUCACUGGACUUCGUGGACUCGCCCUUGGACGACAAGCUUCUGGUGCCCGCCGGGUCGUCGGCCAACACGCAGUCGCGGAUCGAGGUGAAGAAGGGCCCCAACGGCGAGGACUACGAGUACGAGUACGUGUACUACUACUACGACGACGACAACGACACGCUGAGCGACUCGGCGGAGAAGGGCGGAGAGGCGAGGAACACCAUCCCCAAGGCGGCCGCCCCGACCACGACGACAACGACAACCACCACGACCACGACCACGACCACGACGGAGAAGCCCGCCGGCAGCAAGCGCUACCCGCCGACCGGCAACCUGGUGCGCAAGGAGGCCGAGUCCCGCGAAGAGCACGGGUCCUCGGAGAAGGUCAGGGGUCGCGGCAGGAACAAGAACUCGGCGGCGGAUACCCCUCGCGGCGAAGGCAGGGGCCGCUACACCACCAUCGAGAGGCACCGCGGGGACGCGACCACCACCGUCAUCCCUGAAGCCGUGAACGAGGUCAUCCCGGCGCGAGCUGGCUCCAGGUUCCGCGGCCGGCAGCCGAGCCCGCCGGCCGAGGAGGAGGCGGCGGAGGAGCGCCUGCCCGCCAACACGCGCUUCCCGCCGCGCUCCCGCGGCGUGGCCGCCGCCCCCGGGGGCAGCACCGCGCCGCCGCCCGCCCAGGAGCGCGGCCGCCCGGCCGCCAGCAGCGUGCGGCGCCCCAGCCUGGAGCUGGUGGACAGCAGCUCGUUCCGGACCCACUCGAGCGGCGCCUCGCCCGACCAGGACAUCACCGCGCAGACAGGCUACUCGAGGGGCCACACGCCGAGCCUGGACGACGGCGAGACGCGCGCCACGCGGCCCGGCCGCACGCGCGGGCAGCCCACGCCGGCGCCCGACCUAGAGGACCCGGAGGAGGCGCUGAGCGCGGAGACGGAGGCCGCGCCCAGGUCCCGGGGACCGCACAUCCGCCGCCCCACCACCGCCGCGCCCACUAGCACGCCGCUGCUGCCCCAGGAGGAGCUGGUGGUGGACGUGCAGACCACGAGGGCCGCCGACGAGCCGGCCGGCGCCAGCACCACGGAGGACCCGGGGCUCGCCGCCGCCAUGGACCAGGCGGCGCUCGAGCUGUACGCGGCGCUGCAGCAGGCGCAGGCCGACAACGGCAGCAACCUGGUGGACGGCGAGGCCGCCACGGAGCGCGACGAGGCUGCCACGGAGGAGGUCCCGGUGACUGCCGCGCCGACGACCACGGCUGCUCCGACGACCACGGUUGCUACCACGACCACCACGACCACGACCACGACCACGCCGGCGCCAACCACAACCACCACCACCACGACCACCACGGAGGCGCCGGCGCCGGGCGGCAGGGGCCGCUACAGGCCGCGACCAGGCGGCAGCGGCGGGUCGUCGAGGAACAGGUUCCGGUCGUCCCCGACCGCCUCCACCGCCCCCAGCACGGAGCCCGCCCCCGCGGAGAGCAGCACCCGCGCCAGGAGCCGCUUCGGCGGAGGAUCCAGGACCACCUCGGGGGGGUUCGGCGGCAGGCGCAAGCCGGUCCGGCAAGAGGAGGCCUCCUCCGAGGCUGACUCCUCCGAGGCGCCAUCUUCGUCGUCGUCGACGGCGAGGCCCAGCUACUCCCGCGGCCGCUUCGGAGGCGGCCGGCCGUCCCGCAACAACGGCGCCGCCCCCACCACCGAGCACCCCGCCGGCGACGCGUCCUCCUCGGCCUCCAGCGCCGCCUCCGCCGCCACCAAGCCCGUCUUCCCGGAGAGGCACUCCCCGCGGAGGAGACCGGGCCUGAGGCCCGCCUCCACCACGGCGGCGCCGCCCUCCGAGGGGACGAGGUCCGAGGGCGAUGAGAGCGAGCCCGCGACGGCGUCCGAGGGCCCCGCGCAGACCGCGGCCACCCUGAGACCGGCGCCCGGCAGCCGGCCGAGGAUCAGCCUGAGUCCAGGGAGCGCGCGGCCACUGAGACCGGGCCCCAGGAUCAACCUGGCCGGCAGGGCGCGCCCGGGGGCCGGCACCACCACCCCGCUGCCGCCCCCGCCGCCCCCGGCGCCCGAGGCGGCCGACGCCGCCAGCGCCGAGCAGCCCGCCGCCCCCGAGGACGCCGCCCCCGAGACGUCUGAGGUGACGAGCAAAUAUUGCAACAGGGACAACAAUCGAGACAAGCGACAUUAG